AUGAUUUCAUUAAUUAAAACUUUGGCAUCUUUUGGUAUUACCGGUUGUCUCGAGUUUCUAGCCGUCGCAAUUCUCUUUUAUAUUCUAAUAUAUUAUUAUAAUUAUUUUACGCGUGAAAACCCUCUUCCCUGUCCAUUUCCUUUACCCGUUGUUGGUAGUCUCUACCAAAAUCCGGGACACAUGGCAAAUUGGAUUCAAGAUCUACACAAAAAACAUGGUGACAUGUUUGAAAUUUGGGUCGGUUCACAGCGGCAAAUCUUUUUAAACAACGCCGACCUUAUUGCCAAAACCACUCUGCCAUCAUCAAAGACUGCCUUUGUAAUUCGUUACUCGCAUGAUUCGGGAUUGGAGGAAUGGGGUGACACUACUGGAAUAUCGUUUAAUCGGGUUCCAUGGAGUUGGCGAUAUAAUAGAAGAUUAAUUUUCGAUGCCGUGAAUUCGCUGAGCUUCCUUAACGAAUUCACUAGAAUGAUGCAACAAUAUUUUGGCGGAUUGGAGACAUAUUGGAAAGAAAUAGGAUUCGAUAAACCACAAGAUAUUCAAAUCUGGGUGAACCGAUUUAUUUCCGACAUGCUUUAUCUUACCACAACAGGAAAGAAUCUUAAUUUUAUGGCGAAACACUUUAAUAGUCUUUCGAAAGACAAGAAAGUUGAUAUUUCUACAAGUGAUUCGGAAAUGAUUGCGAAAUUUACAUCAAAUGCAUUCGCAUUUUUCGUUCAACACGUUGGCCGUGACAAAGAAGUCGCGAAAAAAAUUCAAGAAGAAAUCGACAAAGUAUUCCCCGGUGAUCCAAAUAGUGAAUUCUCAUACGAAGAUUUUAAACAACUUGAAUAUAUCGAAGCAGCUCUCAACGAAUCGAUGCGUCUUCACUCUACUGCACCAAUUAUGUUUCGAACGAAUAACGAACGGACUGAAGUUGGAGGAUUUUCUUGGAAAACAGACACACAAAGCAAAGCAACUUCCCCAGACCCAGCUUCAACAACCUCACCGUCAACGGUAGUAGUAGUCGUCAGCGGAGUAACUAGCACAAUCGUCACAACACCAACCAACAAAAAUAUUCCACAACUUAUCAAUGACGUUAAUAAUUUGGUUAGUGGUGUAUUUACAACUAUAGCGUCCACGCCCACACCCACAACACCCUCUAUUGCUACAAGUUCAACUGUUAAGCUUAUAAGCACUGCUCAAGCGGAAGCUGUCAAUAGUGCAGAUGCGAAUCCUCAGAAUACGCAAACCACCGUUGUAGUUGUUGCUGGAGGUUCUACUCCAACGUCUAUAUCAAAUGCGUACGACUCUUUGGGCCUAUCGCUAUCUCAAUUCAAUGAAUUGAAUGAGAAAGGAUCAAUAAAAUAUGUAAACUUGGCGCGAACCAGAGCUACAACUGUUUACGAAUUGACAGCUCGUAUUAUCCGGUGGUCGAAACCUAAGAUUUCACAAAAAAGGUCACCACGCUAUAGGUCCUAUACAAUCAAAGCAGAAACGGAGAGUUUAGCUAUACCGCAAGUUAAUACAAAGAACAACGAGUUUAGCUAUGUCACGAACGAAAGCGGUUGA